AUGCAGCAAUCCGUGCGAGCCGGAGUUGCCCAACGUAUCCAGACCAUGCUACGCCGCAAAGCCAAGAAAAUACUCAGCCGUUGCCGCCUGCCCGGGGACGCCCGUACCUGUGGCCAGUGUGGCCGCACUGGGACGAUGAUGGUGUGCUCGUGGUGUCGGCUGGCCUACUUUUGCUCCAAAGCCUGUCAGCGAGAGGCGUUUGCCCACCAUCGCUUCAUGUGUGAGCAGGUGGGGGCAAUCAAAGCUGCCAUCAAAACCUUGGUUUUACGCACUUCACCUUAUGCCGCUCGCCGCUCGGCGGCUCAACGAAUCUUGGCCAACUACCAAAUUGCGCGCCGGUGUGAUGCCAUUAAAGCCAUUUCUGCAACCUUGCUGGGGCAUGUGACCUGUCAAAAAGGGUUCACGGCGCCGCCACUUUACACCAACGAAGACGGCAAAGACCUUGUCUAUCCGCGCCCCGAAUCAGCCGACGAGCGUGCCCCCUUUUUUACCGGCGAUGCCGCGUCCUCGCUACCUGACUUUCUCGUCGAAGACUACAACCUCGAGCUCUCAGUUCUGCGCGCACUUUUGGUCAAAGACCCCUGGGUUGAACUUGGGCCUGGCGAAGUCUUGGCGGUGGACGUGGAAACGGUCGAAGAGUUACUGGCCUCACGAGGGGCACUCGCAUUGAUUACCUACAUUUAUUUCCUGCCGGUGUCCGACGCUGACUUGAUGGCGGUUCUGCAAUGUUUCGAGAGUAUUGUGGUGGUGGAGCGCCUGGCACAGCGCAUGCUCAAGGACUCGUCGGUAUGCUGCAUAUCUUGCUCGUGUGGAGGCGUGUGCCCGUUGGCCGCUCCCGCUCUGGUCCUCGACCUUGCUUUACUUAAUUCACAAGUGCCUCGCUUGUGUACCUAUGCCAUCACUUCCAGUGCCACUGUUGCAAUGCGGACUCGCUUUUUACGAGCAGUGGUGGACGUAGUGGACGUCAUGUUCGUGGUGCAUGCCGCCCAAGUUGGCAUUCCAGGCUCCGUUGAGUUUUUGACCAUCCUUUGUCAAUUGUCCGUCAUCGAGGCCAACCUUUUCACCGCCGAGGGAGACAUCCUGGGCGUGGCCGACGUGUUACUUCAGCUCUUGACGCGGCAACAUCGCACACUUUGGGCCGCUGCCCUCAACGCACUAUCAUUUCUCGUCCGCGAGACAGAUUUCACGGCCCGUGGACUAGUCCCCAUCCUGCAGGCCGACGGCUGCGAAUCAUUCACACAAAGCCUGCGCCUUUUGGCCACGCGAGAAUCAAACACGCGAAACACCACGCACACAACCUGCAACGUCCUCAACCUGACCGUGGUGUAUCGAGCAUGUUUGCACGAUCCGGGGCUGCAAAAGUUGCUGUUUCCCGCAGGAUCCGCCAACGCACAGCCGUCUGAAGCAGCGCAGUGCAUUUGGGAGGGCAUCAAGCUCUGUCGAAUCCGCCAAAGUGAAGAUGCCUCAGGACAGACCAAGACUCUGCUCGACGAGCUGGCCCCGGUGAUCCGUGACCUGCUGGAAGUUCUGGAGGCCAUGGACGGCAUCAGUCCGGACACGGCACGUGCUUCUGCGACCCGUCGGAUCCGCUCGUUUGCUGCUGGUUACCCCGGCCUCAUGGCUGGGGCCGCCGCUGCCGCUCCCCCGGAUACCACGCCACCGCCUGCGUUUCAAUUGGACGCGGACACCCAACCACCAGGCCUUUCAAGCUUAGUCGCGGCUCCCGCUGCGUCUAGCAGCUCAAAGCCUGCAGGAGCAGAGAAGUCACGCUCUCGCUCACUACUAGCCCGAGCCUCUGAGGCUGCUUCCAUCCGCGCUUGGAACCGUCCCUUCUGUUCAUCUCUCAUGGAUUACCACGUCGUGGCGAGCCUGCAACAUGGUCACCUGUCGCCCGCGCUUCCACUGAUGUCCAACGUGGCACUAUCCGUCGAUGUGCGCCAACUCCCCACUUCAAAGGAGGAUACACCGACGACGCCUGCCCCUGCCAUGCAGCGUCAACUGGACAAUCUCGUUGCUCGAUUUUUGGCCCAUGUCAAGGCGGCAAGUACCGCUCAACCCAGUUUGGCAGAUGGUUUGCUGGAGCAGCUCUUUCAGUGUCCGCCUCCCAAGCAAGAGCCUUCAGAGUCCGUACUUUUCCACAUGAGCUUUGGAUUUGCUGUGGAUGAAGGUCCCACCGCGGAGCGCAUUCAGCUCAAGCUUCGAGUGCAAGUUACCCCUUCGGGCGACCUGCCCGUAAUGGCUACCAAAGGCACCUUUGAAGCCCCUCAGCGCUAUGCUGCAGACUUGCAGCUAGGGCAGAUCGUGGAUAGCCUGGCUGAUGCACUGACGGAGCUUCUGCAGAGUUCUUUCGGGGCUGUGAGCAUCUCAAAUCUUGGCCCUGAAGCAAGGGUGGCCUGGUUACUUGCUACCGGAGCAACGUGGUUGGCAGCCAAUCUACUCCAUCGCUGCCUUGUUGCCCUCAAUGUAGAAAUGGCAGGUGUGCAGGUGCGACGUGCGCUGCGCGAAUCUACUGUACAGCAGUUGGCCACCCUGCAACCCUUUCUGCAAGUGCUGCAAUUGGCCAGUCAAUAUCGUGAUGGCGUGGUGCAUCCGCGCUUCAAACGCUUCCUCAACUUGCUCCGGACCCAGGCGCAUCCGGACUUCGCCCGCGUUCUUUUGGAAGAUAUGAUGCCCAGUCGCAUCAAACCCAUGACCUUAUCUUCCGCGGCCCAACCUCCCAGCAUGCCGCGCACCGCUGUGCCCACGGCUUCAACCGCCUCCCUCGGUAUCGACACUACUGCGUCGACAGCUGCAAUUCCUCCCGCAGCCAGUAUUUUAGCAUCCGGUGGCUCAAUCCCUGAUCGCAGCGGGCACGCUACGCCAGCUCCGUCAGGGGGAUCAAGAGCGGACCAGCUCGCGGGCAAGGCGAUGAUUGCUGCGAGCCAGCAGGAUAAUGCCGGUGACGCAAUGUGGGAUAAAAUGGUAGCCACACUGAAUGAACGCCUUCGUUCGUACGCAGCAGCACCUUCUGGGCCGACGAUGUCAACUGCAGCCGGUAUUGGACCUGAGGCAGAGGCACAACUUGACGCAGGGGACCGGCAUGUUGCCUCUCCUAUGGCAGAGAUGCCCAUGAGAUCGGUGAAGGCCAAGAACACGGACCGACCAGGCACACACUUUCCUGGGCCAGCAGUUUCUCGUCGGGCUGACCCCCAUCUUGAUAGCCGCGCUGAAGCUCGAUCAAACGAUGUUGUGCCCCCACCUACAGCAGCAUCAGCAUCAGCAGCAGCUUCCGAGCAAGCAUCCGCGUCCAACUCCAUGACAGGAAUGGCGUUGAACAAUCCGAUGGACCUGCAGGAUUUGGCCGCUUUGCAACUGGCCGACUUUGAUCAAGAGCUGUACGAUGUCUUGGGACGAGCCUUUCAGGGGCAUCAUCGAAAAACGGUGGAGACAAUCAUUGCCAACCGCUUUGCCAAAGAAGCCAUCGAUGGGGUUUUCUCAAACUUUGACGACUAUUCGGCGGAAGAGCGGCCUGAAGCGGAUCUGAAUGCAAUGGCCGAGCGCGUCAUCCGGUCGUGGGUAGACGACAAACUGGACAGCGCUGUCACGCGCGUUCUACAAGGAGUCCUAUCCGAUUUGGAGCUGGACGGUCUCUUGCAAAAGGCUGAGCACAACCUGUUGUCUCAUACCGCGGCCUCAGGGACCGCAGGUUCCGGCAUGGCCACAACUGCAGCUCAAGAAGGCAGCGACCUCCCGCAUGGCGUGUCGGCACAGGCGCGUGAGCUGGUGCGAGCUUUGAGCAGCGAUUCACUCGAGGCGGCAGCUGCAAACACGGCGGCGGGGGAGGCUGUCUCUGAAUCAAUGGACUGGGAUGCCAACUCUUGGAUCGAUGUGGUCAACUUUGAGCGCCUGCGCGCGCAGCUCGAGGCCAAAUUUGACGCCAUGACACCGGAACAGAAGGCCCAGCUGGAAUCCAUUGUCAAGGAGGCCUAUGAGCGGACUGCAGAAUUCGACGGGUCUUCAAGUUCUCUGCUGGCCGCAGCCUCGCGCCAGCCAGGCCCUAGCAGCGGCCCCGAAGUUCCCAACUCACCAAACGAUCUGAGUGAUUCACACAGCCUAGACGAGGAGGAUGAGCCCAUACAACCCAUUGACUUUAGGACGUUGGACCGCAGUCUGUUCACAGAACAUGAUGCCCUGCGCGUGUUGCGUGGCCUGGAUGGUCAACGCACACCUCCAUUAACAAAGGCGUCAUAG